AGAAGAACAUUUUUAGUUAUUUUUACCAUAUCUAAGGGAGGUAAAUGUAACUAAUUCUUUAUUUAGCUUGCCCUUUUUAGUAAAACUGAAACCCAAAGAUAGCAUAAUGAAUUUGUUUUUUACUUAGGCCAAUUGAUCAUCACCAUUGGUAUCCUCACUAAUAUCUAACAAACACAUCAGUCCAUCUAUUGAAAUGAGAUGUUUUGGUGGCCUGGAAUCCAGUUAACCAUGUGUUUAAAUAGACAACACUUGUAUUAUGAGUACUUAUUCUAAUAGAACGAACUUAUUUUAACCCCAGAGACAACAAUAAUAUUAACACCGCCAAAGACAAUCACGUGUAGAUAGUCAUAGUCUGUCUGCUGGUGUAAACCUUGGGGUAUCUUCCCUGGUGUGAUUGUAUCAUGGUCCAUCGAAAAAUAGUUAAUUUAUCUUUUAUGUGCAACAGCAAUGUCAUCAGGAUCAGACCAUAAAGCCACCAUCAUAGAUGGCAAGGCAAUUGCGCAGACCAUUCGAUCUGAGAUUGCAUCAGAGAUACAACUCAUGUCAGCAAAGUAUGGCAAGGUGCCAGGAUUGGCUGUAGUCAUAGUAGGAAAUAGGAAGGAUUCUCAAAGCUAUGUGACUAUGAAGAGAAAGUCUUGUGCCGAAGUUGGGAUUAAGUCCUUUGACAUUGACCUUCCAGAGGAUGUACAUGAAGCUGAACUUAUUCGAAAGGUCCAUGAACUGAAUGCUAAUCCCAAUGUACAUGGCAUAUUGGUGCAGCUUCCACUACCAAAACAUAUAAAUGAAGAAAAAGUAUUAAGUGAAAUCAGCCUGGAAAAGGAUGUAGAUGGAUUUCAUCCUCUGAACAUUGGUAAGCUUGCGAUGAAAGGGAGAGAUCCUUUGUUCCUUCCUUGCACUCCAAAGGGUUGCCUUGAACUUCUGUUUCGAAGUGGUGUUGCCAUAAAAGGGAAGAAGGCAGUUGUGGUUGGUCGAAGCAACAUUGUUGGAUUGCCAGUCUCUCUGCUACUUCUGAAGGAAGAUGCAACUGUUACUAUAGUUCACUCACGUACGGAGGAGCCAGAGAGAAUCAUUCGUGAAGCUGACAUUGUUAUAGCAGCCGCUGGACAGCCCAUGAUGAUCAAAGGAAGCUGGAUCAAACCCGGGGCUGCUGUGAUCGAUGUAGGAACAAAUGCGGUAGAUGAUCCGAGUAAGAAGUCGGGUUAUAGGCUGGUGGGUGAUGUUGAUUUUGAAGAAGCAUCCAAAGUAGCCGGUUGGUUAACUCCGGUUCCUGGUGGCGUUGGCCCAUUGACAGUGGCAAUGCUGCUGAAGAAUACUUUGGUUGGAGCCAAACGAGCUGUGGAGAUGUGAUUUUACACAACUAAAAGUGUACCCACAGUGUUCAACCUCAACCUGUUCCAGAAAAAGCUCAUUGAAAUAAGAUAUGUAACUACUCUACACCAAUGUCUUCUUUGCCCCCACAUGUUUCUUGUUCUCCCAAUGUUUCAUUUUUAUUUGUCCACACUAUGAGAUGUCUGACCUUCAAACUCUUUCUCUGAGCAAGCCUCCUUGGUCUAGUAAACUGAGACCAACUUGGGAAAUCAAACCACAGUCACACACAGGAAGGGAAUUUUAUGAGGUUUAGAAAUGCAAUAAAGCUAGGGUAACCCCAAGAUGGUAACCCAAGGUUGGCCCGGAGGGUCGCAUAGACCACACAAAACUUUAUUGUCACCGUCUAUGCUACAACAGCAACCCAGUAGAAUCCCACAAACAAUAAAGGCAUGUGUGGUCUGUGUGAAACCUUAGGUCAUUUUUGGAGUUACCCUAGGACAAUACUUACAAAUGAGGAGUUAUAGUUCAAGAAAAAUUCCUUUGGAUU